GGCCCCGGGCCCGCGCGGCCAAUCGGCGCAUUGAGAUGCAAAUAAGCGACUAUAAAAGGGGCGGGGCCGUGGCGGGCCGGAAGCCGCGAGGAGCGCGGACUGCCGGGCUGCUGCUGGCGGCUGCGGGGCAGGGUAGACGCCGGCGCUCCGGUCCCCGCCGCCCUCCGUCCCCGCUGCUCCCAGUCCCCGCCGCUCCCAGUCCCCGCCGCGCCCCCAGCGGAGCGGGCAUGGCGCCACCCGCGGCGCCUGGCCGGGACCGUGUGGGCCGUGAGGAUGAGGACGGCUGGGAGACGCGGGGGGACCGCAAGGCCCGGAAGCCCCUGGUGGAGAAGAAGCGGCGCGCGCGGAUCAACGAGAGCCUGCAGGAGCUGCGGCUGCUGCUGGCGGGCGCCGAGGUGCAGGCCAAGCUGGAGAACGCCGAGGUGUUGGAGCUGACGGUGCGACGGGUCCAGGGUGUGCUGCGGGGCCGGGCGCGCGAGCGCGAGCAGCUGCAGGCGGAAGCGAGCGAGCGCUUCGCUGCCGGCUACAUCCAGUGCAUGCACGAGGUGCACACGUUCGUGUCCACGUGCCAGGCCAUCGACGCCACCGUCGCUGCCGAGCUCCUGAACCAUCUGCUCGAGUCCAUGCCGCUGCGUGAGGGCAGCAGCUUCCAGGAUCUGCUGGGGGACGCCCUGGCGGGGACACCUGGAGCCCCUGGGCGGAGUGGCUGGCCUGCGGGAGGGGCUCCGGGAUCCCCGAUACCCAGCCUCCCUGGUCCCGGGGACGACCUGUGCUCUGACCUGGAGGAGGCCCCUGAGGCUGAACUGAGUCGGGCUCCUGCUGAGGGGUCUGACUUGGCGCCCACAGCCCUGGGCAGCCUGACCGCAGCCCAAAUUGCCCAGAGUGUCUGGAGGCCUUGGUGACCAAUGCCAGCCAGAGUCCUGCAGGGGUGGGCCCGGCCCUGCCUGGAUCUCCUCCCUCCUCCCAGGGGUUCAGAUGUGGUGGGGUAGGGCGCCUUGGAAGUCUCCCAGGUCCUCCCUCCCUCCUUCUGUGGACGGCCUGCAGGGCAGCCCCUGGUGACCAGCCCAGUCAGGCCCCAGCCCCGUUUCUUAAGAAACUUUUAGGGACCCUGCAGCUCUGGGGUGGGUAGAGGGAGGGAGCUACAGGCAGGAGGAAGAAUCUUGUAGAGCUACCAGCGUUGUCCCAGGUUCACCCGCCCAGCCUUCACCAGCCCUGUACCGGCUCUGGGGGCAGAGGUGGCAGGAAUGGUGCUGGGCACUAGUGUUCCAGGCAGCCUUGGGCUAAACAAAAGCUUGAACUUGCCACUUCAGCGGGGAGACGAGAGGCAGGUGCACUCUGCAGCACUGCCCAGAGCUGUGAGGCUCUGUACAUCUUGUUUGUAGCACACUUGAGUUUGUGCAUUCCAUUGACAUCAAAUGUGACAAUUUUACUAAAUAAAGAAUUUUUGAGUGAGUUACCCUUGAA